CGUGACGUCACCGAAUCCGGACGCAUCUCCUGCGGUAAGAGAAGCAUUUGUUUUUCUUAUCCCUGACGUCUUGUAUUCAACCCUGACGACCACCGAGACUUCAUGUAGUAGUUUAGGGAUUCAUCUUCCACACACACACAAAAAACUUACUGGGAUGGUAUCAUGGACAUGGACAAUCAAGAGGGAGAGACACAGGGAGUCAAGAUAUGUCCACCCUUAGAAGUUAACACAGCAGCAGCGGACACCCUGGCAACCUCACUUUCACUUUUGGGGAAUCACAUGUUUCCCGAUCUGGUGGCCAAGAAAGCUGCCCUUGAAGAGACGCGGACACAAGAUGGUGCAGAGGAAUCCCCUCAGGAGACAGAAGGCUCUCUUCCUCCUCCGGCAACCGAGCCGGAAAGCGAGGAGCAUCAGGACGACGUGGCGAACGGCACGCAAAGUGACUCUGGAGAGUUCGUCGUCACCGUGCUGGCCAAGGCCAAGUUGGAGGAGCAAGGCCUCGGCGUGAAGGGUCGCUUGUCGCCGCUGCUGGAGGCGGGAAUGCAGGAAUCUCCCACCGCCGCCCACGGCCCUUCCCACCGUGACGAGGACGUGACGGCGGAAAGCUGGCGGCGGCACAGGAAGCACGUUUUUGUGCUGAGCGAAGCCGGAAAGCCUAUCUAUUCACGCUACGGCAGCGAAGAAGCUCUGUCAUCUACGAUGGGCGUCAUGAUGGCGCUGGUGUCCUUUGUGCAAAGUGGAGAUAAUAUUAUACGCUCCGUCUACUCAGAGGAGCACACCGUGGUUUUCCUCCAGAAAGGCCCCCUGGUGCUGGUGUGCGUGUCCAACAGCCGGCAGUCGGAGCAGCAGCUGCGUGGCGAGCUCCUCUAUGUCUACUACCAGAUCAUCAGCAUGCUCACGCAGGCCAGCAUCUCGCGCAUCUUCGAGCACAAGAAGAACUACGACCUACGGCGUCUGCUGGCGGGCUCCGAGAAGAUCUUGGACGGCCUCCUGGACCUAUUGGACUCAGACCCCAGUUUCCUUCUGGCGGCUGUGCACUGCCUGCCGCUCGCCUCCUCCCUCAGGGACUCCCUCAGCCAGAUCUUACAGAAGGCCAUCACGCCCAACUUGGUCUUUUCCAUCCUCAUCGCCAAGAACCAGCUGCUGACCAUCGUGCAGGAGAGAGCCGUCAUCGAGGACGCCCGUCUGGAGCCCGCCGACGUCCACCUGUUGCUCAACCUCAUCGGCGCCUCCUCCGCCUUCCAGGCCGGCGAGAUCUGGACGCCCAUCUGUCUGCCGCUCUUCAACCCCGACUGUUACUUCUACGCGUACAUCUCCUACUUGGACCCGCCCGAGUGCACCGUCUGCCUCCUGCUGCUCUCCACCGACAAGGAGGCCUUCUACGCCGUGGCUGAGUGCAAGCGGCGCAUCGAGGAGGCCAUGGCGGCGCAGGGCUCGCUGGGCCUCAUCGCCAAGGCGCAGUCGUACAGCGUCGGUCAGGUGGGCGUCGCCGACCUCAGGCACUUCAUGUACAAGCCCUUCGACGUGCCCGACAACCACCGCCAGCUCACGCAGUUCACCAGCCCCGAGAUGGAAGCCCCGUACCACACCGAGGAGGAGAAAAUGAGGCUGUUGGACCUUUACCGUUACAUGCACAGCCGCAUUCACAGCAGCUCUCGACCCCUGAAGCUCAUCUACCACGUGGCGGAGAGGGAAACCCUGCUCGCGUGGGUGACGAGCAAGUUUGAGCUGUACACAUGCUUCAGUCCACUGGUGACCAAGGCGUGCGCCAUCACCGUCAUUACCAAGCUCCUCCGCUGGAUCAAGAAGGAGGAAGAGCGCCUCUUCAUCAGGUACCCACCUAAGUACUCCACCACGCCCAACCCCGCCAAGAGCUCGCGAGGAGCCAAGGCGGAACAGACAGACUCGGCCGACAACGGCUACCUGUCCUUGCUAUGAGGACGCUACACUUUGACACUCAAAAGCUGAGGUAGGUAGGGACACCUUUUAAUUAUCAACAGACAGAACUAUUUAAGUGGUUUUAGUUUAGUUUUAGCAAACUAUGAAUGUAUUGCACACGGGAGACGACCAGCACGAUGCAAGCGGAGUUGGACAAGCGGGAACAUCCUUGCAAUAAAACCUCAGAGCCCCCCAAAACAUUGAACCCACAUCUGCUCAUAAAAUGGAAUGAUGAUGAUAAUAAUGAACUGAUUAUUUGUUUUUCAUCAAUUCAAUGCAGCCCUCAGAGGACUUGAGGGAGAAUUGUGGUCACGUCGAAAAUUAUAUUACGAUCAUAAAAAUUUGGUCUAAUAAUUGCAGAGUUGCCCAAGUUAUAUUUGAAUGUCUUUGGGAAAAUAAAUUUAACAGAAACAGUCUGGUUGCCUCAAUUCAAGAUUUGUGGAUUAUCAUGACAACGGACGAAUGACAAUCUACACAGACCUCAAGAAAAAAAACAAAAUGUUUGGCAAGCACACUGGUGUUUUUGUUGGUGUUGUGAAAUGACUUAGGCAAUUUUGCAAGUUGGCUAAUGAUACGUUUUCCAGUUCAAAAGUUUUAUUUUUUCUGAAGUCACCCUCCCCCCAAAUGGCUUUGUUAAAUGUUUAUUUCUUUUCUGAAUGAAAUGUUUCUUAUCUGAAAAUAAACUGGUAAUCUAACAAUAAUGAACACAAAAAAAAUAAUUAAAUGGCAGAUAUUUUUCAGGAUUGUUUUUGGGACAAAGAGUCGCUCAUUUACAAGAAUAGUCAUUUUAAGGUAUGAAGUCAAAAACGUAUAUUUUUCAAGCUAAACAUUUUUAUUUUCUCAAGCAGUAGGUCUAUUUUUUUCUUUAAAAUAGCGUUGAGUGACAUAACAGGAAAGCGUUUUUGAGUGUUUAGGGUUUGCCAAAAGCCAUAUAAUAAUUCCACAGUUUUUUUCCCCUUUGGAUCUCUUUCCUCCCUUCCCUAAGAGCUUUUCAGCAUCCUUACUUCCUACUUUUGCUCUAAAAAUUUUUUUUUUUUGCUUCUUUCAUCCUCCUUUCCACUACUAAGACCUCCUUUGUGGCUUCCUGCAUUCCCUACUUAUCUCCUUGCUUUCACCCUGGACCUGCUUUUUUUGUUCCUUCCUUCCUAACUAUCCUUUUUUCUGCCUUCCAUCAUUCCUCCUUCCUUCCUUCCCUCUCUUCUACCUGCUUUUCUGCCUUCCUGCCUCACUUAACUCCUUUUCACCUCAUAUCUAUGUAUUUUUUUUCUUUUCUUCUGACCUUCCUUCCCUCAAAUCCUCCUUUCUUUUUUUCUUCCAUCCUUCUUCCAAUCAAUUUUUAUUAAUGAGUCCUUUCUUUGUUACUUUUCUACCUUCCUAACUUCAUAACCCCCCUUUUGGCCUCCCCUCUAUUAUGUCAAAAUAAUCUAUGUAGUUCUUUUUUGUCCUCUGUUAGUGAGUACUGCGUUAUUUAAAUAACCUUCAGUGUUAUGCAAUUGGCCCCCAUGGACGGCUGAAAGUUCUGUGCAACCUUGGAAGACCAAGAACACAGUUUAGGCUGCUGACUGCAGUGUCAACAGUAUGAUAUUUAUAGAAAUACAUGUCUGGUUGCAGUUCAUUAGAUUUUUCUAUGCUAACAGAA